ACUAAAUUGCAAUGACUUUUAAAUCAAACCUUUGACUGAUGACAUUGAAGCGGUAGAAUUAAAAUUCAUUUCCGAUUGAACUGAGAUGAAUGAUGUAAUCUAGAUCUACGCUCUGCUUCUGAUCUAAAACGCUAGCGCCGACAGAACGCGGCUGAGAGCCAAAAGAGGAAAUCAUGUCAUUGAGAAACAACACCACAAUCACAGUGGCUGGGAGUGAAAGUACACUUGGGCAUCAAAACGGGACAUGUGUCUCUGUUGAUUCGAAUGCAGCGAGAAUUUCUAAACUUUGCGCAUGUUGUUUUAUUUUACUGGGAAGUUUUUUCGGAAACAUCUUUAUAAUCAUCAUAGUCUACAAGCGUCGAGAUUUACGAAAAACAACUAACUAUUUCAUCGUCAACAUGGCUGUGUCCGAUCUGCUUUUCCCACUGGUUGUAAUUCCUGAUCAGGUAACUCAAUUGGUGACCGACUCGUGGCAUUGGCGCGUGAGUGGAAUCUUAGGAUCGACGUUUUGCAAGUUGUAUAGCUUCACAAUCUCAGUGUCUCUUUUUGUUUCUGUUCAAAGCUUGGUGUGGAUAGCAAUUGAUAGAUUUGUCGCCGUGGUUUUUCCAAUAAAAGUUGGGCUUAUUUCAAGCAAGAUUCGCACAAUAGUUAUAGUUUCUACAUGGUUUUUAGCAUGUGUUUUCUAUUUUCCAUCGCUCGUAUCUUCGGGACUUGCUGAAUAUAGGAAUAACACGUUGUGUAGUUUAGUAAACAAAGAAUCAAUUUUUCCCAACAAGGGAGCUUUUCAAGGAUAUUACUGGCUUCAUGUGACUAUCAGCCUUUUAGCUCCGUUGUUUGUAGUAACCGUUUUAUACAUCGCAAUAGUGAUUUCCUUAAAAAGGAGGAGUAAAGCCCUUAUGAAUGUCGCACAAUAUGAACGACAACAUUCUGUAAAGAAGCGAAGACAAGCUACUAAAAUGGCGGUUGUUAUCUUGGUGCUGUUUUACAUUUGUGUUAUUCCAUACACUGUGUUAAGUUUCGUAAAUUACUUGAGACCUUCUUGUGCCUUUCAAAUAUCAUUUACCUUUAUAGCAGUUUGCAUGUUUUUGUCAUCUUCUGUUGUCAAUCCAAUAAUCUGUCUGUCAUUUGUGGAAAGUUACCGUCGUGGAUUGAAAAGCAUUGUGUGUUGUUUCUGCCGAAUGCAAGAUAAUAAGAGUGCCAAGCAAGAACGAAUAACUCUAAAAGGAAUGGGGGAUCUCCCUGGUGGAAACUGUCGACGAACUUCUAAAGACACAGACAACUUCCAAGAAACAUUUGCUGGUACUGUUCAGUAGGUUAUUAUCG